UUCAUUGUGGAAGAUGUGAGACAGAGGAUUCUUAGUGCUUCUUUAGCUAACUCUCUUAGUUCUUGUGUAUGUGCUUCUUUGACGUAUUCUUUAACUUAUCGAGGAAGAUGCUGCUCAUUGAGCACUGUCGUACUGUAUGAUUGAACUAUUUAUUUAAUAAAAAUUAUAUUUCCCUAAAUACGUGUGUAAUUUAUGCAAUCAAAUGUAAUUUAACUCAAAAUUAGAUUGAUGCCAACUGGUUUGCUCAUACUGCUACUGGUUUCCCUUUCAACUCUGCGGGAAAUUCACUUUACCCCUAUACCUUGUUCGGAUGAUCGAAUGCAUUAGAACUUUGCUCGACAAAUGCCAUUCUUGGUCACAGCUUAAGCAAAUCCAUGGCCUGUUAACGACCUCAGGUCUCUGCAAACACGACCCGUUCGCCUGGAAAAUCCUCUCUUUCGCCGCAACUUCUGCUUCCUUCAACAUUGACUAUGCUCACCGCUUUUUCCUUCAGCUCUCAGAUCCUACACUGUUCCAUUAUAAUGCUAUCAUAAGGGGCUUUGCGAACAGCAAAAACCCGAUUAAAUGCGUUUAUAUAUUUGCGCAAAUGUUGCUAAAUGGUGUUAUCCCUGACUAUUUGACAUACCCUUUUCUUGCUAAGGCUUCAGCGCGGCUUUCGGACCCGAAGCUUGGAGGGUGUGUACAUGGACUUGUUUUGAGAAGUGGGUUUGCGUCAGACAUUUUCAUUUCUAAUUCCUUGAUCCAUAUGUAUGGGUCUUCAGGUGAAAUAGAAAGUGCAAGGAAGAUGUUCGCGGAAAUGCCUAUGAAGAAUUUGGUUUCUUGGAAUUCUAUGUUAGAUGGGUAUGCUAAGAGUGGGGAUGUCAUUUCGAUGAGAGAAGUGUUUGAGAUGAUGCCUGAGAGGGAUGUUGUGUCGUGGAGUGCUUUGGUCGAGGGAUACGUCAAGGGUGAGAAUUACACAGAGGCAUUGGAAGUUUACGAGAAAAUGAGAGUUGAAGGGCCUAUGGCUAAUGAGGUGACGAUGGUUAGCGUUCUGUGUGCUUGUUCUCACUUGGGUGCACUUGAGCAAGGGAGGGUAAUACACCGACACAUACUAGAAAAUGGGCUGCCUUUAACUCUCGUUCUGAGGACGGCCCUUGUGAACAUGUAUGCCAAAUGUGGUGCCAUUCAGGAAGCGUUGGUUGUGUUCCAUGAGACUUUAAGUAGAAAAACAGAUGUCCUAGUGUGGAACGCUAUGAUUGGAGGGCUUGCAACUCAUGGCUAUACCUUGGAGGCGCUGAAGAUUUAUGCUGAAAUGCAGGAUAUGGGGAUCAGAGCGGAUGAGAUCACUUACUUGUGCUUGCUGAACGCUUGUGCCCAUGGAGGACUCGUGAAGGAGGCACGAAAAUAUUUUGACUCUAUCACUAAGGAUGGAAUGGUGCCAAAGAGCGAGCAUUAUGCUUGCAUGGUUGAUGUUCUAGCUCGUGCAGGUCAUUUACCGGAAGCAUACCAGUUUAUAUCUCAAAUGCCAAUAGAACCAACUGCUUCCAUGUUGGGUGCAUUAUUUAAUGGCUGUAUAAAUCAUAGAAAGCUAGAUCUUGCAGAAAUAGUGGGGAAAAGGCUCAUUGAAUUAGAUCCUGGUCAUGAUGGCAGGUAUAUUGGAUUAUCAAAUGUUUAUGCAGUUAUAAGGCGAUGGGACGAAGCAAGAAGCACAAGAGAAGCAAUGGAGUCAAGAGGAGUGAAGAAGUCUCCUGGAUAUAGCUAUGUGGAGGUUUUUGGAGUCCUUCAUAGAUUUAUUGCUCAUGAUAAGGCACAUCCUGAAUCAGAAGAAAUUUAUUUGAUGUUAAAUGUAAUUGGACAAGAGAUGAAGUUGAGAACAGAUCCGGAAAGGCAAGAAAUAACCGGUACUUCAACUGAUGAUCAUCUGAUAUAUAUAGUAUAUACUUCUGAAAGCUAUUAAUCAAUUUUUUGAACAAAUUUAAAGUGGCAUUUUUUAAAGAUCAAUGAGGAAAUGAUCGUUGAACUUUGAAAUUUAAAUUUA